GUUUCUUUCCUUCGUUUUCUCCCUGCGUCCUCGGUCCUUGCCGGUCCGGGACAUCCCUCUCCCUCUGAGCAGCAAUUUCUGGUGCUGCCACCUGCCUCCAUCGCCCCCAGUGCCAUCGCCAUGAAGAAAACCAACAUGUGGCUGUUGGAUCGUCUGAGAGGAUCUGGGGAGAACGGUGCCUCCCGGGGGGCAGACGGGGACCGGUCCUCUAAGGGGCCCCUCUACAGCAAUGUGCUCACCCCAGAUAAGAUCCCCGACUUCUUCAUUCCUCCAAAGCUUACCCCAGGGCCCGGGGAGGUGGAGGGAGCAGCCGCGGGUUCGGGUUCGGGCUCGGGUUCCAGCUCCCCACACUUAGGAUCAUCGACCUCUGAACAGAACUUGGCCUCUGGUGGCAGUGGGGCCCGAAAGGCCCAGCGAAGCCCCCGUUUGCCCGCCAAACUAGCAGCCGAGAGUAAGAACCUGUUGAAGGCAGCCAGCAGACAUGUGAUCCAGAUUGAGAGCGCUGAGGACUGGCGGCCGGAGGAAGAGGAGGAAGCUGUGGCCACCAAUGCCGAUCCCCAGGCCCAAACGGCCAUGUCCUUGCCCUAUGUGCCCAAGGCCCAGACAUCCUACGGGUUUGCUACUCUGAUGGAGAGCCCCCACACUCGACGCAAGGAAUCACUGUUCCACAGCGAGCACACUGGCCUGGCCCAGGCUGGAUCCCCUGGCGCCCUUCGGAGAGCCGGAGCCAAGGCCAACGGCGAGGGCACCUCCCGGGCUGAGGCCCUGAUGAGCCCCUACCGAUACUUCAGUGGAGGUGAGAGCGACACGGGCUCGUCCGCUGAGUCGUCCCCCUUUGGGUCACCCCUGCUUUCACGCUCUGUGUCUCUGCUCAAGGUUUUUGCCCAGGAUGGGCAGGCCAAGGUAAGCCAGCUGAGGCACUCUGUGGGCCGCCACAGCUCCUUGUCCACAGAUGACAGCUCUGCUGACGUCAGCCCCAGCGCCCGCCGCCGUGCCCGCCGUGCUACCCCCACAGGCUCAGAGACCAGCAGUGAGGCUGCCUCAACCCCUCGGGGUGAGCACACGGUGCACCUGGGUAAACGAGGGAGCCUUCGCCUAGCGGCUGAGUAUGACCCGGCCCGGGCCCGCCUCCGGGUGAGGCUGCUGGCCGCCGAGGGCCUCUAUGACCGUCUCUUCGACACUCGCAGCAUCAAUUGCUGUGUGGGCCUCUGUCUGACUCCCGGGAAGCUACAGAAGCAGCGAAGCACCAUCAUCAAGAACACUUGGCACCCCAUCUUCAACGAGGACUUCUUCUUUGAUGGUCUGUGCCCCUCUAGUGCCCGCAAGCUGGCUCUCAAGCUCAAAGUAGUGAACAAGGGAGGCAGCCUGAAGAGGGAUACCCUGCUGGGCGAGAAGGAGGUGCCCCUCACGGCCCUGCUGCCUUUCUUGUGAAGGCUCUUCCCAGCCCAGCCCCCCCAAAGCAGAGGAGGGGGUGGGGAACCCCUCUCUGACCCAUUCCUGCCCUAGGUGCUCCUCUUGGUUCCUUCCACAUUUCUGCCCCACCUGCCCCACCUGCCAUCCAGGGAAUGUGGGGAAACUCCAAACCCACAGCACUGAGAGUUGGCAUGCCCAGGGUGAGGGAUGCAGGGGGUCCCAGGAGGG